AUGCUGCACAAUCUUCUCAAAAACGCCCUGCGUCUCUACUUGAUAGCACCUCUUCCACAAUCCCUUGGGCACUCUGUUUGCGAACUUGAGCUCUGCCUGUUUUCGAUUCUCAGAGGAUCCUAUAAUACUACCGAGUUCUCAACAGGCUUUUCUACCUAUAGACGCGCCGCGAAGCUUUCAAGGAUUCCGAGAUCGUGGGGAUUGGUAUCUACAGGUCCCGCAGUCGACAUUGAAAAGAUGUAUCAUUUAGCAAAGGGGUUGUAUCGAUAUGCCACUAGUAAAGAGGAAUAUUCCGUUCUCCUCCUCGGCCUUGACAACGCUGGCAAAACUACUCUCCACACCCAAAUCAAAUCACUAUAUUCCCCGCACAACCCCGCUCCAGCAGAACCCUCACAGCUAAAAACAGUACCCACCGUCGGUCAAAAUGUCUCCACUAUCGACCUUCCAGAUAUGUAUCUGAAGAUUUGGGAUAUAGGAGGUCAACAUUCUCUUCGAAAAUUAUGGCAAUCUUACUACACCAGUUGCCACGCCAUUGUCUUUAUAAUUGAUAGUACUGACAUUGGGUCUGGGGAUCUCGCUGAUUUGGACUCUGAUACUGGGGAUAAAGAUGUGGGGAGAUUAGAGGAGUGUAAAUUGGUAUUGGAAGAUGUUUUGAAAAGUGUGGAGACGGAAGGAGUGCCAGUGCUUGUUUUAGCGAAUAAACAGGACAGGGAGGAUUGUGUGGAAGUUGUGAGGAUUAAAGAGGGUUUAGUGAAGAGGGUUUUUGAGGGGGAGGGAGGCGGUGCGAUUAGAGACAGCCGAGUUUUACCGAUUAGUGCGUUGGGUGGAACAGGUGUUAGAGAGGCGGUAGAAUGGGUGAGAAGUAGAGUUGUUUGGAAUAGGGAAGGAAGACCUCCUGUUAUGCGGUAG